UGAUUUUAAGCUAAAUAGGCCAAAUCGCAAAAGUCAAACUUUUCACCUGUAGGCACCGAACUCCACAUGAAUUAAAAACCAAGGAAGCAUCUCCCAGUCUCUUCGUGCUGUGCCAAUCCAUCAUGUCUUUUCUCUGUAUUCUGAUCAUUGCAUCUACGCUCGUUAUAUACCAUGCCACAGAACGGUACGCUAUGGCGACUCCAACUCGGACCGGAUCGGAGCAGCUGAGUUCACUGACUCGGGAAUUGUUAAACUCAGCGAGCGAACCGGAGUUCUUCGAGUGGUUGAAGAGGAUUAGGAGGCGAAUACACGAGUACCCAGAGCUAGCUUUCGAAGAGGUAAAGACGAGUGAAUUGGUAAGAUCGGAGCUUGACUCACUUGGAAUUGAGUACAGGUGGCCGGUGGCCAAGACUGGCAUCGUGGCGUCGAUUGGGUCAGGGUUGGAGCCGUGGUUCGGUCUAAGAGCUGACAUGGAUGCUCUUCCUAUUCAGGAAUUGGUGGAGUGGGAGCAUAAAAGCAAGCACAAGGGUAAGAUGCAUGCUUGUGGCCACGAUGUUCAUACCACAAUGCUACUUGGAGCAGCUAAAUUACUUCAGUACAGGAGACACAAAUUAAAGGGGACAGUUAAGCUUGUCUUCCAACCUGCAGAAGAGGGCUAUGGCGGAGCAUACCACAUGUUAAAAGAGGGUGGUUUUGACAAGUUUCAGGGCAUUUUUGGGUUACAUAUAUCACCGGAAAUGCCCACGGGAGAAAUCGGUUCAAGAACAGGCCCUAUUCUUGCUGCUUCUGGGAGGUUUAUAGCCGUUAUUAAAGGAAAAGGUGGACAUGCUGCAGGGCCUCAACAUACUAGAGACCCAGUUGUUGCUACAUCUUCUGCCAUCCUUGCUCUUCAACAGAUAAUUUCUCGAGAGACGGAUCCUCUUGUUGCCAGGGUCAUCUCUUUGGGGUUCAUUGAGGCCGGUGAAGCGCUAAAUGUAAUCCCACAGAUUGUCAGAUUUGGAGGCUCUUUUCGGAGCAUGACUACGGAAGGUUUCAUUGACCUUCAGCAAAGAAUCAAAGAGAUAAUAGAAGCUCAAGCAGCAGUUCAUCGAUGCGAUGCUACAAUAGAUUUCCUGGAAGAAAAAAUGAGGCCGUAUCCAGCACUUGUUAAUGAUGAAGUAUUGUAUGAACAUGCAAAGAGGGUUGGGGAGUCUUUGCUUGGAGAAUCAAAUGUGCAUUUAGUUCCAAUGGCAAUGGCAGCAGAAGAUUUCAGCUUCUAUUCAGAGAAGAUGGCAGCUGCAUUUUUCGGUAUUGGAACAAAGAAUGAAAUGAUCGAAGGGGUUAACCGAUUGCAUUCACCCUACUUGGUUAUUGAUGAAGAUGUUCUUCCCAUUGGAGCAGCUCUCCAUGCUGCGGUAGCCAUCUCUUACUUGGAUAACAAUGCUGUUGAAACACAAUAGGAAUCUUCAUCAGUAUCCACAGAUUCAAUCAUUUAUCCUGUUGAAACACAGUAGGAAUCUUCAUCAGUAUCCACAGAUUCAAUCAUUCUGAAGAAAGUCAUUGGGAAAAGGCACAGAGGAAGCGCCUCAAAUGAUAAGACAGCUGUUGAUUUUGUUCUAUAAGCUAAAUGCAGCUUGCAAUUGAAUCUUUCUCAUUUAAGAGAGGUUUGCAUGAUACAUUAUCCUACACCAUGCAUUUUCCAAACAGACUCAAAUAUGUCAUAAUUCCAUAAACCAUUUCCUGAUCAAAUAAUAUAUGCAUCAGCCCCAAAAUUACAAGCC